UCAGUUUCAUUUUCCCUUACUGUUGAAAAGAUUGCUCUGACAGUUAGCUCGCUAAAGUUAGUAAUAUGAUAUGAUAUAGCCUCCCAUGCCAACCAGCUCUAUGUUGAGUCCAAAAACCAUCUAAGUAUAAAAGGUCAUACCUGAUCUAAAACUGAUAUAUUGAUUGUAGACGCAGUAUAAUGGACCAAAUGUGGAGUAGAUAAGAGCAUUGUGAGUGGUCGGCGUGGGGGAGGAUAAUCCUUUUCUCUCGCUCACUCAAAAGAUAGAUAGUUUUCUAAAAAGAUACCGAAGGCACAAAACCGUCUCCUCAACUCAUUGGAGAGGUAUUUUCCAAGAACGAGCCGAGGGGACGCCUUCACUGUUAUCAGAUCUAAAUCAUUUUAAAAUGAACUCCAAAAUUAAUCAUAAAGAAGAUUUUUCUGAUAACUUCGCUUUGCUAGGGUCUAAUUUGUUUUGUACGAAGUGUUUGCAUUUCAAUGAAGAAUGGUUAUUUUACGCGUUAGAAUAAUUUGCAUAUCUAAAGAGUUUUACCGAGCUGCGUGCAUAAUCGACAAUUGUAAACCAUUGGCGAUCGAUCAGUAUCGAUGUAACAACACUUGUCUGUAUCUUACAGAAUUGGACAAGAUUUAGUAGUGGCGCUCGCUCGUCUUGACGAAUGGUCUCAGCAUCUUAGAUGCAGAUAAUGCAAUACUAAUGAUUUCAGAACCAAACUCUGCGAAGCAAGUUUAUUUCAAUCAGUGUUGAUAGCUAAUCAUGCUUACAACUAAGAGAACAUUUCCAAAUUCUUCAAGUUGGCUCAAUAUGUUAUAUUGCACGAUUUUUCUUUGCUCCUUUUCGUCUGUAGCACAGAAUAGUACAAUGAAAUAUUCUGCAAUAAUUUUGUUACCAACACCGUCAGUAAGAACACCGAGCAAGCAAAAUCAAGGAAUCGUAAAUCAUAACAUUAAAAAUCAUGGCUCCUCUGAUGUGAAAAGUAUUUCAUCUAUAUCUGAAGCAGCUACACCAAUGCAAGGAUUUCUAUCGUUGUAUGGACGCCUUUCUUCCGCGUCAAUUGUAUCAAGAACUCCAAAACAAAAACUAAACAGCUUUGUGUACAUCACAAGUUAUCCUUCGUUUUCUAUUACUCCAACAAUCACACAUAACUGUGAAUUUUCCCAAUCAUCUCAAGUACUUCAAAAUCUCACGGCAACAGAAAAUAACAGGAGCAAAAACAAUGGUUCUGAUAUUUUGUUUAAGAUUCAUUCAAUCAAGAAUAAAAAUUCUUCAAAUUCAAAAUCUCUAAACAUGACGAUAACAAAGAUUUCAAGCUGUGUUAACGACGAAUGCCGUAGUUACGUCACUCGUUGGGUCGAUUUUUACCUAAACGUAGGUGGAUGGAUCAUGCUAGCAGUGGUGCUAAUAGGAGUCACAUCACUCAUCAUUACACAUAUACUUGGCAGAAGAUCAGUCAACUCCAAUGAGAUAUCAAGGCUUCGAGGAAGAGAUGUUCAUGGUCCGCGAUAUCGGGCACACUGGAUAUAGAAUCUAAUUAAUUAUCUAGUUAUCUAUUUAUUAAUAUU